AUGAAGUAUAGUCUUACAAUUGUCGCAGCUUUUGCUGCUCACGUUGCUGCUGUCAGUGUCUCCGGCGCCGCUGAGGGUUUCGCCAAAGGUGUUACUGGUGGUGGUGAUGCCACUGCCGUCUAUCCUACUAGUAUUGCCCAGUUGACCUCAUACCUUGGUGAUGAUGAGGCUCGUGUCAUUGUCCUUGACAGAGAGUUCGACUACACUGAUUCCGAGGGUACAACCACUGAAACUGGCUGUGCUCCUUGGGGUACUGCUUCUGCCUGUCAGUUGGCUAUUAACCAGAACGACUGGUGUGACAACUAUGAGUCCGAUGCCGCAUCUGUCUCUGUGACAUACUACAACGCUGGUGUUGAAGGUAUUACCGUUGGUUCUGAUAAGACCAUCUUGGGUGUAGGCUCAGAGGGUAUCAUCAAGGGUAAGGGACUUCGUCUCGUCGGAUCUAGCAAUGUUAUCAUCCAAAACAUUGCUAUCACCGAUCUCAAUCCCAAGUACGUCUGGGGUGGCGAUGCUAUCACUCUUGAUGACACUGAUCUAGUGUGGAUCGAUCACGUUACUACUGCUCGUAUUGGCCGCCAGCACAUUGUUCUGGGCACCUCUGCCUCCAACCGUGUGACAAUCUCAAACCACUACCUCGACGGUGUGACCGACUACUCUGCCACCUGCGACGGCUACACCUACUGGGGUAUAUACCUCGAUGGAUCUAACGAUCUGGUGACCCUGAAGGACAGCUACAUCUACAGAACUAGCGGCCGUAGUCCCAAGGUCCAGGGCAACACACUCCUCCACGCCGUCAACAACUACUGGUAUGACAACAGCGGCCAUGCCUUCGAGAUCGGCUCGGGUGGUUACGUUCUGGCUGAAGGAAACGUCUUCCAGAACGUUGAUACCGUUGUCGAGUCUCCUAUCGAUGGUGACCUGUUCACUUCGCCCGACACGUCUACCAACGAAGACUGCGAGACCUACUUGGGACGUGCUUGCAAGAUCAACGGAUUUGGUUCUUCUGGAACCUUCGAUCAAUCUGAUGAGGGUUUCUUCAGUGACUUCUCGGGCAAGAACAUUGCAUCUGCCGACGCCUACACUACUGUCGUAUCAUACGUCAAAGCUAAUGCCGGUCAAGGUAAUCUGUAA